AUGCGUUCUUCAUUCUUGCUUUUAGCAGGCGCAAUCACUUACACACGAUCAACAUGUCAAGCUGCAUAUGUACCCGGAGCAUCUUUUGAUAGAUUUUUUACCAUCUGGCUCGAAAACCAAGAUGAUGCGAAAGUAGAAGAAAAUGCCGACAUACAAAAUCUCACCAAACAAGGCAUACUCCUCGAAAACUAUUACGGGCUCACGCAUCCCUCUCAACCAAACUAUAUAGCCUCUGUUGGAGGAGACUUCUUUGGUCUUAAUCACGAUGAGUUUGUGAGGAUACCGCAUAAUGUGACGACGGUAGUGGAUCUUUUUGAGGAUGCGGGGAUUACUUGGAAGGGAUAUUUUGAGGGGAUGCCGGGGCCUGGGUAUAUGGGGGAGGGAAGUACGGCGCAGGAUGGGAAUGGAUGGGAUUAUGUUCGGAAACAUAAUCCUUUCGUAAGUUACGACAGUAUAAAUUCAAAUGGCACUCGCCUUCAAAAUCUCCUCUCUCUGGACGAUUUCUCUACCACAGUCCAAACCGAUCCAUCCUCCUUACCACAAUACGCGCAUAUAUCCCCCGACAUGCUAAACGAUGGCCAUAAUACCUCCUUAUCCUAUGCCGCAAACUGGACUCGAUCAUUCCUCACACCCCUUCUACAAAACGAAGCAUUCAUGAACAAUACUCUCAUCCUACUCACCUAUGACGAAUCGGAAACCUAUUCCAUACCAAAUAGAAUCUAUUCCGUACUCCUAGGUGGUGCCGUUCCAGCAGAUAAAAAAGGAACAGUAGAUACAACAAUUUAUUCCCACUACAGUAUCCUCUCCACUCUUGAAAAUAACUGGGGUCUACCCAAUCUCGGUCGUUACGACGUUGGCGCCAAUGUAUUUUCUCUUUGCGCCGAAAAAACCAAUUAUUCGAAUAUAAAUCUCGACAUGUCAAUCCUCAACAAUUCCCUAAGUUACCCGGGAUUCCUCAAUAACAAUCCAGCUAAAUGGGCGGCAAUCCCGGUUCCAAAUCUCCAAUUAGUGGGCGCGGGAGGUAAAGGCGUAGAUGAUUAUACGCGUUCUGAAUGGGUGAGUGCUAAAACUGAAGAUACGCCUUAUAAUGGGAGUGGAGAGUUUUUCGAUGGUGGAAAUGGAGUUAGUGAUGAGCGGAAACCGGUUUAUGGAAGUCAAGGGGCGAAUGUUGUGGCUACGGCUACGGUUGCUAUGCCGUAUGGUGUGAGCGCGACGCCUGUUGUGAGUAGUAGUAGUGGUAGUGGUGGUGCAGCGAGUGCGACGGGAACGGCGGGGACGGCGGAGACGACAAAGGGAAGUGGUGCUGAGAGGAGUAGAAGUGUGGGGAUGGGGUGUGGGAAGGAGGUUUUGGGGUUGUGGGUUGCGUUGGUUUUUGCGGUGGUGGUUUUAUAG